GCGGACGUGGCGGCGGCGCACGGUCCGGAAGGCGGAGACGUUGGCGGGGUCGGCUCCGGUGGCAGCGGCAGACGGGGGCGAUCAAAUAACCGAGGCUUGGCCAUGAACUUGCCUGGGACGGCGGCGGACUUGGCAGCCGUCUCCUUGUCGGGCUGCUCCUGCUAACGGAACAGAUUUUGACAUUAUGGCUGGGAGGCAUCAGAGUCGUUUUCCUCUUCCAGGAGUUCACUCAGGUGGUCAAGGACAUGCCUUUGGAAAUUGUACAGACAGUGAUGUUUUGGAGGAGGAUGCUGAGGUUUAUGAACUUCGGUCCAGAGGAAAAGAGAAAAUCCGAAGAAGUACAUCAAGAGAUAGACUUGAUGACAUUAUAGUAUUAAUAAAAGACAUACAGGAAGGAGAUACUUUAAAUGCAAUAGCCCUUCAGUACUGUUGUACGGUAGCAGAUAUCAAGAGGGUUAAUAAUCUCAUCAGCGAUCAAGACUUUUUUGCCCUAAGGUCUAUUAGAAUUCCAGUAAAAAAGUUUAGUUCAUUGACUGAAACACUUUAUCCUCCAAAAGGAAGACAGACUUCACGACCUUCAUCUGUUCAAUAUGUUCCAGAACAGGAGAUUUUGUCAGCUAAUGAUUCUCUUUCUUCCAGUGAAUCAGCUGGUAACUUUUUAAAAGAAGUAGACCGAGACAUAGAGCAAAUAGUAAAAUGUACAGACACCAAAAAAGAGAACCUUAAUGAGGUGGUAUCUGCCUUAACAUCACAACAAAUACGUUUUGAACCUGAUAACAAAAACAUUCAGCGUAAGGAUCCUUAUUAUGGAGCAGACUGGGGAAUAGGUUGGUGGACAGCUGUAGUGAUAAUGUUGAUAGUAGGGAUAAUAACGCCAGUAUUUUAUUUGUUGUAUUAUGAAAUUUUAGCUAAAGUGGAUGUUAGUCAUCAUUCAACAGUGGAUUUUUCACAUUUACAUUCAGGGAUCACACCCCCAUCACAGCAGAAAGAAAUGGAAAACGAAAUCGCUCCAACUAAAGGAAUACCCUUUAGCCAACAAAAUGAUCAUAAACAAUAUGGUCAUGAAUCUCAAUUACCUGCUGCUCAACACAAAACAUAGCAAUUAUUCAUAAUCACAAUAUCAUUGAUCACAUUUGCCUCGGGAAUUUGGUGAAUCCAUUCUCUUCAAUAACCACUUCAAAGGCAGAAUUUAGGAAGAUUGAAGAUGAUUUUGUUUAUAUUUUUUACCGUCUUAGAGUCAUUUACGAAUAGAUGAGUAUAAAAUCCUUACAGUUGCCAGCUGUUGAUAUUGAGAGCAGUUAAGUUUAUAUAACUGUUAUCAAUGCUUAACACAGAAAUGAGUUUCAAAUAUGUAUCUAGGAAGUUCUUAAUUUGGAAGAUAUAUCAUUUUCUUACCCAUCUAGUUAUGUUUAAAUUUUAUUUUUUAAUAACUUAAGAUUAUUAAUAGUAAAUUGUUUAAACAGAAUAAUGAUAAUAUCAGGUAUCUGCAGUUGAAGAAAACUUACUCCUAUGUGUCAUCAAGAUACUUAGUUGCUAAAAAGUUGAUUAGGAAAUUAUUUAUAAUAGCACACAAAUUCCAUUUUGAAACUUAAAAAACAUAUUUGGCACAUGUGCUGUGAAAAAAUAAGUAGAAAGAAAAUGGGAAAGUAAUUAUCUAGUGUCUGUAAUAGAGACUAAAAAUAAGGUUAUUUUUAAGUCCCCUAAAUAAUGUAGUAUGGUUUGCAAGUUGCCAUUUGUCCAAUGAACACUGGAUUAAGUCAAGACCUAGAAAUAUUUACUCUUAAAGAAUGCUGCCUCUCCUUCUGUUUUUUUUUAAGCCAUUGUAUUUGUUUCUACUAUUUAAAAGCACUUUUGUAAAUUGAUGAGAAGUGUUGGACAGAUUUAUGUUAUUUAGGUAAUAAUUCAUUAUAUACUAUAUACUGUGAUAAGUUGUUGCUGUGUUACAUGUAGUAACAUGCCUUAAUUAUAUUUUAUAAUGCCUUAUAUUACUUUAUGUAAGCUAAUAUAUUUUUUAGAAUUUAAACAUUUCAGAUGGUCCAAUCAAAUUUUGUAACAUAGGCUACGUAAAUUCAUCUCCACCUUCACAAUCAAGCACAAGUUAAUGUCAAUACAGAUUUUCAUUGUCUACCUCUGAGAUUUGUUGCAGAAUUGGUUUGUUAAACAAAAACAAGGGUAAAAGGACUGUUUGCAUUAGCAAUAACAAAUUGCUCUAUUUAUUGACCCAUUAAUCUCUUUUUCAGAGAAAAUGUCCAACUCAGACCCUUUCCCCCCAGAACUCCAGAGCAUCAAAUUGGGGGACAGAGGCUAAAUAUGUAUGGAUUGGUUGAAGAUGAUUAGUGGCACUUUUUAAGAUCUAUGCAUCAGCCACAGUCUGGCUAAACAAAUAUUUUAUAUUCUAUCAUUUAAUUUUUAAUGGUAUGGGUUUUUAAAAUGGAACCAAAAUGAUUCAUUAAAGCAAGAUUUGAUAGGAGUCUGGAUUUCCUAUUUGGUGUAUAACAAUAUACCUUAAGAUAUAUAUAUGAUAUAUACACAUACACACACACACACACACACACAUACCCCAUCUCAUUUUCUGGGCAUAAUUUUUAAUGUUUUAGCAUUUUGACCAGUCAUUCUAUAUUUCAAAGUCCAAUCUUGAUAUAAAAGUGUAUAUAUGUAAAUGAGGUUUUAUGUGCUUUAAGGAGCAAGGUAUAAGUCAUGACAAAAAAGCCAUUGAAUUAAAGCCCUUGAAUAUAUUAAAGGACAUUAGACAAUUACCAAAAAGUGUUAACUAUAGAAGAUGUAGCAAAUUGAUUUCUUGAGAAAUUUGGUAAGUUAAAUUUUUAAAUUGUUUUAAAGUGCCUUGGGCAUCUUGAAAAGAGGAGUACGGUCUUUCUAAUUUAUAUUCAGUGUUAACUUAAUUAGUUUACGUUGUAUUAAGCCUGCUGAAAAUCAAGUUUUAGGGGAAAAAACACGUCGUAGAAUGGAAUGGGCUAGAUGUCCUUUGAAGAACUUUGUUUACAUCAAAUUGAUGACAUUUUUGGAGAGUCAAUGAUUCAUUUUUGAUAGUGGUACUUUGAAAUUGUGAUAGGUCUGAUUUCAAUAUGUAACUUAUUUUUAAAGUAGUGAGGUGUACUAUGUACUUGCUGAGUAAAAACAAUUUGUCUUGCAGUGUGUCCUAUUCCUUGGAGGAAAUAUGACAUAUCCUUAUGAUACAAAUUUCUAUAUAUUUGACUUAUAUAUUUUUAAAUUAAUUGAAUAUAAUUUGAAUUAUAAUUCUAUAUAUGUCAUAUAGAGCUAGAGGUGAUAAUCACUGUCAUUUCUAAAAGAAAAAAGAUUUCCACAGUAUUUAAUAAAUAUAGAAUAAUUUUAGCUUUUAAAACGUACUAAUAUGCAUUAAAAUUUGGAACAAAUGCAGAUUACUUUGUAAAACUUAAUAAAAUAAGAAAAGUUAUUUCAUAUUGUGGGUUUUUAUUGUGUUGAAAUCAUCUGGAUUUAAGUCUUUGCAUUAAAUUUACUUUGAGGUUUUACAAUUUGAAAAUGUAACAACUGAAUCAUUGCAUUUGGUUCACUUAAAACAUGGAGUUGUAAGUGAGGAAAAAUUAUUUUUAGGGCAGAUUCACUUUUCAAAGUUACAAAUGGUUAAAGUUUUUUUGAAAAAAUGGAUACCCUUUAGAUAUUUUUUUGCUAUCCUAUUCCUAUGUCAUUAAGAGAACUAUUAAGAUGGAAAGUAGUUUGUUGGCUACACUAAGAAUUAAACUAAUGUUAAAUUCACUCCUUCAGAGACUUAGAUUUUUUAAGGCUUUUUAUUUUUCUGGAUUCUAUUUCCCUGUUCAGUUGCCUAAAUAGAGUUCUUUAAAUGAACUAUUAAUUAGUAAUUAGUUAUUAAAGCUAUCUACUUCUAAAAAUACUUGCUCGGGAAAACUGAUAGUCCAAAGUUUUAGAAAUAUCAUAAAGCAAUGAUUCAACCUGAGAAUUACAGGUUAAAAUGGAGUUUUUAGAAGUCUGUAUUUAAUGGUGCAUUAUGAUGGGAAUCAUUGUUAUCUUGAAUUACAACAAUGUUGCUCAGGAAAUCAGUAUUUUUCUUCCAAGUAUGUGCAUAUUGCACUUUUAGAUCAUAGAAAUAUCUAAAUGCUUUAUUUCUUUUAAUGUAUGUGAACACUAUAAAUGUUUUAUAUAAUGUAUUUUAUACAAAUGUAGAAUGGAAUUACAGAAUAUUAUGUUAGCAUGUACAUCUGUAAAAUUGGUUUAUAAAACUUUUUUGCCCCUUUCUAUUUUAAAAGAUCUGCAAAAUGUAAUAAAGUUUCUAUUUUAUUCAAUCUAAAAUGGAAGCUGGUGAAUUUAAUUGGAUAGAGCAAACUUUUGUUAUCAAACUAUUUGAUACAGAGAUACUAUGUAAGAUAAAUAGAAUUGACCAAGAUGUACUUAGUUUCCCCCUUGUUAUAAUAAGAUUCAAGGGGUGGCAAAAUUUUUCUACCCUUUAAGUUCUUUGACUUUUCUAACCGUUAAGUUGACAUAAGACAGAUUAAUAGGAGAAAAUCAAAUAUAAUUUCUUAAGUAGGGGCCCUCAGAAAUGAGUCCCAAGGGCAAGCUUGAUAAAGCUUAUUAUCUUGAGCUAAGGACUAGGAUUGGGGUUUGGUGUUCCAAAGGGUAGGAGGGCAUUUCACAGGAUUAGAAGAGCAGAUGUUUGGCAGUUAAAUGUUUUCCUUGCCAUAUAGAUACGUAUAAAAACAGCUUACUCUCUAGGUCAGGCCUCCUAUCUAAAUUUUUUUCAGUAAUUAAGGGAAAGUCAAAGUUUGCCCUUGAGUCUGCUAGGUUUUGAUUGUCAAGCAGCAAUCCACAUGC